UUUAAAACUAAAACAAUGUCACCGCUGUUCCAGUGCCACAUGUUUUUUUUGUUUAGUCGAAGUGUGAUUUUAACAAGACAAAAUGGAUCCGACAGAUCCUUACAUUUUCCGUUUCAGCCUUUGAAAAUGUCAAAAGCAGUCUACAGGAAUUUCAUAGAAGAAUCCGGUAUAAUGGAAGCUUUCACGCUUUUUCUAUUUAGGCUCAUCGAUGAAAAAACAAAGCCUCCUUACCUAAUCCACUAUUUCAGGAAACAUUUUGGCUACAAGAUUUCUCGUGACAUGCCGAAUAUUCAUUACACAUGGGAGCAGAUCGAGCAGGAAAAACGCAAGCUGGAAGCCCUUCAGAUGGAGAACGUGAAAUUAAAACACGAACUAUCGUUUUACGAUACAUAUUACGAAAUGCGUCCUCUCCGAUACAGGUUUCCUAUAAUGCCCGAACUCAAAGCAGAACGUGAAAAGAACCCUGACGGGCAGAGUCCAAAUUAGUCAAUAAACUGAUUAUCCUUUC